GUGUGUUGGACGAGUAUUCAGACCUACACACCGACUGAUCAAACUUCAUCCGCUUCUGUCGUUAUAAUCACUCUCCGUCAUCGUUCCCGCUAGUGUGUUUUCCUCGAUACCGAACUGCAGAUUAAUAAUCACUUCAGCGGAACACUAACGUUAAAUACCGAGCAUCCCGUGUUUCCUGUGUCGUCAUUGUCGGGAGCCUCUGACCAAUCAGAGCUGAGCGUGUCUGUGAGCAGAGCGCUGUGAUUGGCUGCUGGUGAGUGUCAGCUGAGUGCAGCGUUCAGCGGGGCUCGGUGUGGACGCGCUCGCCGGUUUUGAACCGAACACUCACUCCGGCAUUCAGGCUCCCGAUGCUGACCGAGGCUCAGACCCGGGAUCUGCUGCGGCGGGCGGACGCGGUGUGCUUUGAUGUGGACAGCACCGUGAUCCGGGAGGAGGGCAUCGACGAGCUCGCCAAAUUCUGCGGAGUCGGGGACGCGGUCACGGAGAUGACCCGUAAGGCGAUGGGCGGCUCCAUGUCAUUUCAGACGGCACUCAGUGAGCGUCUGUCCAUCAUCAAGUGCUCAAGGGAACAAGUCAACAAGCUGAUCACAGACCACCCUCCUCAGCUGACACCUGGCAUCAGGGAGCUGGUCCAGAAGCUGCAGCAGCGCGGUGUGCAGGUGUUCCUGGUGUCCGGGGGUUUCCGCUGUAUCGUGGAGCAUGUGGCGUCUCAGCUCUGCAUCCCGCUGCAGCACGUCUUCGCCAACAGACUCAAGUUCUACUUCAAUGGAGAGUACGCAGGCUUCGAUGAGUCCCAGCCCACGGCUCAGAGCGGAGGGAAGGGCCGAGUGAUCAGCAUGCUGAAGGAGCAGCACGGCUUCCAGAACAUCCUGAUGAUUGGAGACGGAGCCACGGACCUGGAGGCCUGCCCACCGGCUAGCGCCUUCAUCGGGUUUGGAGGGAAUGUGCUGCGUCCACAGGUGAAGGAGAAGAGCUCAUGGUACGUCAGCAGCUUCUCUGAGCUCAGUAAAGAACUGGACAAGAUCUGAACACACACACACACACCGUGCCUUUACUAGCCUCAAUAACACACACUUUUAAUCCUCAUGUGUUUUAGAGUUUGUUACAGGGUGAUGUCCGAGUACUGUAUGUUUAAUAAGCUGACUCCAGCACACUGAGCUGAUUUUACUAUAGAGAAGAUGAUUUAUUGAUUAACAGAUGAGCGAUUGAGCAUGCGGCCGUCACACACACAGAACACAUCCUCAAUCAGAGCAGAAUCAUAUCAAACGCACAUCUAUGUAGAAACACAAUCCAAAUCAAAUACAGUAACUCAGACGUCUGCACACAGCCUGACCGAAGCAUUGAUCAAUCUGCUGCUGCUGCUGUCCCGCUCCUCAUCUGUGUGGGCUUUACAUGUACAGCUAAUAAAUAUGCAAUAAAUACAGACCGAUGGCUGCUGGCUGUGUUCUGGA